AUGGAAUUCAAGGGAGAUUUUAAUAAAGAUGGUAAUUCGUUCAAAGAAAUAUGCAAUCGUCAGACCAUUUGUUCUAUCACAGAAGGUUUCUUUUACGAAUUUGCAACAGUGAUGAAAGGCUUGGUCGGUAUGAAAUGGAUCGAAACAGUUUUUAAAGAUAUCGAUAACGACGAGGAUCGUUUACGUGCUAUUUAUACUAAUGACAUAUUGAAAGAACAUCUUCAUGAGACAUUAAAUCACGUUAAUACUUUCUCCAGAGACAAGGAUCCUGUUACGGCUAAGAUGAGGAGAAUGGAUGCAACUGAUAUGAUCAGUAGUGGUCAAUACGAAUCUGCAUUGAGUUUGAUUAAUAUAUCGGUCUUGCGAUCACCUUCCAAUUUUGCAUUGGAAGCGGUCGAUUAUGGUAGCAGUUUACUUUUGGCAUACAUGAAAAGGGCAGAAAUAUUUACCUGCAUGAAGGAAUAUAAAUUAGCGUUGGAAGAUUUGUACUUGGCCGAAGAAACGAAUGAUGUACCACCGAAAAUGAGGGAUAUUAUUCGAUUAAAGAAGGAAGAUUUGAAAAGUCGUAUAGAAGGUAAAGAAACGUGUCCCAUUGAGAUACCAUCAUCUUCUUCCUAUAAAAUGCAGUUUUAUCCCAGGCUUACAACCAAUUGGGAAUUACCACAAAUAACUUGUGGGAAUAAUCCAAAGUUAAUAAAUGCAUCGGCAAAAGUGGAUAUCAGGGAAACGGAAUACGCUGGAAAAGAAAUUUAUGCAAAAGAAAAUAUUGCUCCUGGAGAAGUUUUGCUUAUUGAAGAACCAUCGGUCUCUUUUCUUUUGCACAGAUUUCAUGGUACUCAUUGCGCAGAGUGUUUUAUAAGAUUAUACGCCCCGAUUGGUUGCCCGAAUUGUGUUAACGUAGCUUUUUGCAGCAGAAAAUGCAGGGAUAUUGCACUUUCGACGUAUCAUAAAUAUGAAUGCAAAAUUCUGUUACUUAUGUUCGGUUCAGGUAUGAGUUCUUUGAGCUAUUUAGCUUUCAGAGCGAUCACUCAAGAAGGUUUGGAUAAUUGUUUGAAAAUUUACGAUGCUAUAAAUAAAAAAGUGAAAACCAAUGAACAAAAUGACGAUAUUAAUAAGGAAAACGAAGAAAAAUUAAGUAGAUCGGCAAGAAGGAGGAGGAAACUUAAGAAUAAAUUGUUAACGAAAACUCAAACGAGUGGUACAAGUAAUUUGAGUGAUAAUUUAGCAUCGAUAUCUUUGAAGGAAAAAGAAUCACCAAUCGAUACAAGAUUGUAUGAAUUGGUUAAUCAUAAUUCGGAAAGAAAGAGUAGUGAUUUUUUUGAGAGAACAUUGAUGACAGCGUUUUUAUUGAAAUGUUUGCAAAGAAUUCAUUUCUUUAAAACAACGUCCCCCGAUAAUGAGAUUCCAAACGAUGAUGAAAUAAAGGUUGCUUCGUUGAUGUUGAAAAAUUUGCAAUCAUUUCAAUUCAAUGCUCACAUGAUAUUUGAUGUAAUAUUACAAAGUAAUAAUAUAUUAGGAGAUAAACAUUCAGAAAAUAUAGCAUUGGCAGUUUAUCCAACGGUUUCUCGUUUCAAUCACGAUUGCGUUCUUUCGUCGGGAAGAUAUCACGUUGGGAAAAAAGUAGUGAUACGUGCACUUAAAACCUUUCAACCUGGUGAAUCCAUUCCGGAAAAUUAUGGUCCUAAAAUUGAUGAAAAUAAUUCUAUGGAACGUCAAAUAUUACUAAUGGGUAGAUAUUGGUUUAAAUGUAUGUGCAAAGCGUGCGUGGAAAAAUGGCCAACUGCCGAUAAUUUAACCAACAACAUGGCAAAAUUAAAAUGUCCUACCAAGGGAUGUUACAAAUUAUAUAAAAUCGAUCAAAUAACGGAUAAAACGGUAUUCUGUAAUAUGUGCCGAAAAAAAGUCGACAUGUUUGCAGUUUUGAAUGUGUUAAAUGCAUGCGAGGUUAAGUAUAAAAAGGCAUUUCAAUUAAUUGAAAAAAACGAGAUAUUAAAACCGAUAAAAUAUCUAUCAGAAGCUUUAAACGAAUUUUAUAAGAUUGCUGUACCACCUCACAAUCUCACCCACAAAUCGCAAAUGAUGUUGAAUUAUUUGUACUCAUAUUUCGGUAAUACUUAUAAAAUUCCAAUAAUUGAACUAGAUACAUUUCAUUCGGAUUAUUUUAAUACGAAACGUAAAUCAAGUAUCCAAAUGAGCGUUUAA